UUUAAGUAAUACUCAAAUAGGUACAAAUACACCAAAAAUGCAUAUGUAUAGUGACAAAGUGCAGUUGGUCUAGCAUUUUCUACCCCUGGCAUUACUCAUUACUCAUUACUGCAUUCUACCUAUACAAAAAUAUGUCACUAUGUCAUUUUUUUUGUACAUGUGCAUUAUCAGGGCCACUCAGCUGCAGUAUCAGUUACAGGAGCUGAGUGAGAGAGAGCGCAGAGCACGACACCAUAACCAGAAACUGUUGCAAGAUUUCCAGAGAGCACAGAACACCCUCAGUGACUUGGUGGCUCGUAGUGAAGCAAUGAACACCAUAAGGAUGGAGUAUGAGAGUUUCCUGGAGGAGAACUACCCUAAAUGGCAGCAGAAGCUGCAAGAAAAAAGGUUGUCAGAACAGCAAAAGAUGUUAGAACAGCACCUAAAGACCUGCACACUACAUACAGAGGAAGAAGGUCAAAGGAUAGGUACAGGAAACAAGCACCCAUUUAGAAUCAACACUUCUUCAGCCAUUUCUCCUGAUCUGUCUCAUUGUGCCAUUCUUCACUCCCUUCAACACAUAUCUGACCAUAGAAAUAAUGUGGCAGAAGGUAGCAAGCAAAACAUGCAAGGAAACGUUCAUUCUUCCUUUCCUUCUUCUUGGUUAACUCAGUCACUGAUUCCAGUCACUGAACUGGAGCAUGGUAUCUCCAAGAACAGCAAAAACACCCAAAAUGUUCACCAAGUUUUGAAUUCAUCUUUGCUUGACCAUAACUGCUUAACUGGUGAUCCAGUAGUCCUGCAAGACCACCAUUCCUGUGAACAUUUGAGGCAAUAUCCAAACUCCUGGGCACCUGGGUGUGGCAAGAGAGUAGAGUGUCCUAUUGAUUGUCCUUCUUGGUCACACCUGCCUUUGAUUAAUGGGGAUAAAGUGAGAAGAGAAGAAAACAGGAGACCGAAAAAGCAAGAAGCAUCAGCAAACUUUCAGGGUGAUAAUCAUCACAUGCAGAAGCUAAGGAAGAAAGUAAACAGCAGUGACACUGAGCCAGUGAAUAUAUCAACUUACUAUGGAGACACCAGUGAAAGCAGUGGUCUGUACACAAAAGCUAUCAAAAGCCUUCCUACUAAAGUUCAGAGGGCAAGAAUUAAGAGGAGAGUAGAAAAACAGACACACAACACCAGAAAAGAUGCUGUUUCUGAGUGGUUAUCAUCAGUAUCAGACCGUCAGUCUGUUUCAAACCACAAGAAGCAAAAGAGAAAGGAGCGGUCUAAUGGGAGAAAAACUGCCUUAAAGACUUCUAAAGCUGCUGUAAAUUCCCCUAAACAGUUAGUGAAAGAGAACAAAGAUGAUGGUAACUCGAUUGAUGAAACCCUCACAAGCAUUUGCUGUAAAGUCAAGACAGGAGGGAUGAAGAGAUAUGAAGAGGACACAGAAGAGGAAGAAGAGAUAUUAGGUUGCGGAGAUAUGCGAGUGAAUGAAGCGACAAACAGAGAUUCAACUGAGAAUCAAGGUAACAGAGCAAGUCUGUGUGAAGAACGGCAUGAAAAAGGAGAGGUUGAGGAAAGAUACAGAGCAAAGAGCAGUACAGAUGAAGAAGCACCAGAGGAGAAACCUUUAAGAAGCGACACAUCUGUUAAGGAAUCCCACAUUCUUGAGGAAGUGGACUCUGUGAGAGAAAGUGAGGAAGAGGAAGGAGGAGUGGGAGAAGAGGAGGAGGAAGAUGAAGUGAAGGGAGAUGAAGAUGAGAAGAGCAGACCAUCAGGAAGAAGGAGCAACGAGGAUGAGAAUAAAUCGGAUCAAGAAGGAAAUUACAGUGAAGUUUUGAAAUCAGAUUCAGAAAGAAGCAUCCAGGAUAGGUAG